UCAGCAGGAAAAGUCUGCCCUCACCCUAUAUAAAGAUAAACAUAAAGACUCCAUUCAGGCACCUUGUCUUCCUCAAAAUUACGCAGGGCAUAAUGUAAGAUAAUAUAUAAUAUUUAUUUAUUAAUGUUCCCUUUUUAUUGAGCUUAUAAAGCAUACUUGUAAAAAAAAAAAAACCUUGUAAAACGAGGUUUUACUGUAUCUGCUGUAACGUUAUUGCCAUGAGAUGCUGGGGGGUGUGGUGCUGAUGGAGGAGGGGUGGGGGGUUGUUAUUUUGAAUGAGAGACACCAUGACGUCAUUGAACCGAUGUCAACAAAGCAGGUCCUGAAUCAGUCAGCGCGCUUCAGGUCCACACACACUCACACACCCGGGGGUUGAGCUCCAUGUGGACCCGCGGCGCUCGGUGACGGACCAGCUCGGACCCAGGUUCGGCACCAUGCGGACACGCUGUGACCUGUGACGGGGCCGCGGACGCGCAGGAGCAGCCGUUUGUGCAGGGUGUCAGAGGAAGUGAUGUCGGAGCCGCAGCAUGACGGUGAGGCGUCGGCGCCGGUGUACGUGUACGAGUCCAAGGUGCACUGUGCCAACGUGUUGCUGAGUCUGGAGGAGCAGCAGCGACGGGGGCUCCUCUGUGACGUCACGGUGCUGGUGGAGGGCCGGGAGGUCCGAGCGCACCGGGCCGUCCUGGCUGCCAGCAGCAGCUACUUCCUGCAGGUUCUGCUGGGACACAGCGAGUCGGCGGGCAGUACAGAGCCCAUCAUCAGCCUGCCAGACAAGGUGACCGCCAAAGGUUUUGCCCCGCUCCUCCAGUUCGCCUACACUGCCAAGCUGGUGUUAAGUCGAGAAAACAUCCAUGAGGUCAUUUUGUGCGCCGACCUUCUUGGUGUGCACAACUUGGAGGAUUCCUGCUUCCAAUUUCUUCAGGCUCAGUUGGAGAGCGAUGGACAGCACUCCAGAAAUUGCAAGGCGGAAUACGACGAAGAGGACGCCGCCUUUUCCCAAGACCUUCCCUUUGAUAAUUGUUCGGAAACAAAGAAGCAAAGCUGUUUGACAGCUGAUGCUGUUUCACCUCCCGAAGAUCUUCCACAAAGUCCAGAAUCCUGGAAGUACCAGCACCAGGUUUGUGAGAACAAGCACAACGGAUUAGGUCAACAGACCAUUCCCACUCUGACCUGUUCAGAGCCAGCAGACUCCAGCGCUCCUCCUCAGACCGUACUUGCCCCCUCCGGGAUUAAAGAGGAGCCCUUUGAGGAGGCGGGACACGAGAGGAAUGGCUAUAAUGCAGAGUUUGGUACUGAGGAGGUUCUGGAGAUGGAGCUGGAGGUAGAGGGAGUUCCAGUGGUCGAAAAGCCCUCUGCAGACCAGGAAUUGCCCUCAUCCUGCCUGCGUUCGUACCUCCAGCGAGGUGGCUUGGAUCUUGGCACCGUGACUGGCAGCACCAUUCAGCAGUUGCUCACCAACCAUCUGUCCAUCAGCCACUACAGGGAGCUGCUGAAAGACAAGCAGAGGAGUAAGACUGACUCUCUGAGCCAAGCCAACCUCAACAGCAUCAGCGACAGGGACAUGCAACCAGUCAAGACCCCUUCUUCUCGGUAUGAGGCAGAGCCCGACAGACGUACCGUCAUUUUCUCCUCUGCUGCCGGUGAGCAUCCUUCAUUGUCCCACAGAGAAAAUACCUCCACCAUGGAGCCAGUGGAGACUUCCUCAUCCGAUCUGACAUGCAUCACCAGCUCUCCCGUCUCCAUCAAGAAUUUAGCCGCCUCUCCUGUACCAUCUGAACCUCAAACUCAGACUUCAAGCUCCCACUCCUCAUAUGCAGAUGAGAAAGCCACAGGUAGCCUGCCGCCUAGCCUUGCCUUUGACCUCUCCUCCGCCCCACACGUGGGUUCGGUCCCUUCUCUUCCUCAUUGUCUGGUCGGGGUGGUGGAGGCCCGGACACCCCUCGGCAGCGAGGUAGUCUUCAGUCAGGGCCACAUCAAGAUCAAAAGUGAGCAGGGGUUUGGUACCAGCGGAGGAAACUCCAGCGAGGAGUCUGAAUCGUUCUCGGAAGGCGACAGCGAAUGUGGUUCCAGAGUCUCUGGCCCUGAGGUGAAGCUGCCGUUCCCCGUGGAUCAGAUCUCCAACCUCCCUCGCAACGACUUUCAGGUCCUCAUCAAGAUGCACAAACUGACCUCAGAGCAACUGGAGUUCAUCCACGACAUCCGGAGGCGCAGCAAAAACCGCAUCGCUGCCCAGCGCUGCCGCAAGAGGAAGCUGGACUGCAUCCAGAACCUGGAGACGGAGAUCCGCAAACUGGUGUCUGAGAAGGACAAGCUGCUGAGCGAGAGGAACCAGCUUCAGGUCUGCAUGUCGGAGCUCUGGCAGAACCUCUCCUUCCUCUCGCAGCAGGUGUGCAGGGAGGUCCAAAGUUCCCAGCCUCCGCCCGCCUCGGCCACCAUCGACCUCACGUCGGACUGUCUUUUGUCCUGUCCGGACCAGAACUCUGCGAAGGCCAGGCCCGCCGUGUCGCAGAACUCUGAGGAGCUGGCGAGCGGACAGCCGGCCCAGGAAGUGUUCGGUCUGAAGAAGGAGAACUUGGACGGCCCACUGGUUCUGGUGUCCAAUGAGGAAGUGUGUAGCCCCACAGUGACGGUGGAUUUCUGUCAGGAGAUGACGGUGAAGUGCACAACGGAAGAGCCAGACACGCAGGACUAGUCUUGAGCAGAACCUGUUUGUUACCUGAGUAAUUCACCUGCGAUCUCAUCAGUACUAAUGGACAGGUGAGAUUCUGAUGGGGCAUUAUGUGGUUGGCCAGAUGUGGUUUUUUUUUUGUUUUUUUUUAUUCGGACAGGUGUGAAUGAACAGGUCGGCAGCUUCGUUUCCUAUUUUUGAGCGUUACAUUCUCCGGCUUAUCUCGGUUUUUCUCAGGAAGUGUACAAACUGUUCAGUUUUUUCCUCGUUAACGCCUCAUCAGCUCCUCGUUAAGUCUCACUGACUUAUUUACAAAUGUAAGUCCCCAACAGGGCUUACAGGUUUAACACGAGGACCUGAAAAAUAUGAAGCCCACCAAGGAAGAGUUUUUAAACCGUGAGAGCUGCUGUUUACAAAAUGAUUUAUCGCCGAAGCACAGUGUCACUAGGUGGGCUCAUCUCCUCCAGCAGAAGAAAACAUUCACAUCGUCACAUCACAGACGGCGAGGUAAAACAUAUCUGGGUCAGUGUGCUCCUUAGCCUCAAUUUAAAUCUACCUACUUCCAUUUUUACUUGUGUACAAACCAUUUCAGGUCCAUCUAUUUAAGCCAACGGCAUGCUAGUUUAUUUUUUAUUGUAGCUAAGUAUUUUAAUUAAUUACAGAUGAUAAAAAAAGCCAAAUUUGCUCCUUGUUCAAUUGUAUAGUAUUCUCUAAAGUCUUUGUAUUUUACUCUGUUUCAAUUUAGUUUGAUUUUGAUCCAUAUUUGGGCCAAGUGGCUGUUAUGUAAUAUGUCAGUUAAAAUCAAAAAUAGCCAUUAGGUGACCUCCUGUUGUUGGCUAUUAUUUAAUAAAGUUGUAUAAAAAUAUGUCCUCACAGCCAACGAUUAGUAGAGUAUAAAAAGUGGGUACGAUCUGAGGCGUGGUUAGUAGGAUAUGUCCCCUGAUAGACGACACGAAAGUGGCUAAAACUGCAAAAAGGUACGCCAGAUGACCAGCAUCUAUAAAAAUGGAAGCGAGCAACAAAAAGCACCUCAUCAUAAUGGAGAAUAAAAUGCAGCACAGCCAACAACAAUAAAUCUGCCAAACCAGAGGAUUAAUGUGGAAAUAUGUAGCAAAAUCACAACAAAAAAUAAAUACAUAAUAAAAACUUACAAUAAGAAAUGUACAAAGAUCUUAACAUCAGAAUAAAUAAAGUUUGCGAAGCUGGAUCUGAUUGAUCCACAAGACGUCUAGAGCUGUUUGGCCAUGAUGCACAGCCCCAUGUCAGGAAGUAACGAAACAUCAGCAUGUCAUCACAGAACUUCACACCUAACUGGGUCUUCAGCAAUGAUCCCAAAUACGGCACGUAAUCUGCAAAAGAACUGCUGAAACAGAGAAGAAUCAAGCUGUUGCAGUGGCCUAGUCAAAGCCCAGACCUCAGCCUCAUUGCACCUUAGGAGACCCGUGCAGCAGCAAAUCUCUGCAAACCUCAACAGUGAUGUGAGAAAUCUGCUACAUCUGCUAAAGCUGCUAAUGUUUGUUGAGUUAUUUCUUUAUUUCUUUAUUCCUCCACAGUUUGACAGAUUUAUUCUCUGUCAGGGUCCAAUUAAUCUCCAUGUAUUUCCCCUCUGGUUCUGGUUACUUCUCCCUGUUAUCACAGAGCCACACCUGUGGGUCGGUACCAGCAGCUGACCGCUUCUCGGUUGGUUCACAUUGCAGCUCAGUCAUUUCAGCGUCUCUCAUUUCGUUUCACUCUCGUCCAUUCAGUAUGGAAAUCAAUUUGUGCACCAGGCCGGGUGCAGGGGUUAAAUUGGGUUACGAGCUGCCACAGUCCACUGGGAUUUCCAGGAAAAUGGAGAAUAUCUCGUAACGACUGGAGUGGCGUUUUAACGAUAGACUUGAUUGAGAGGGG